CUCUCAAGAUAAGACGCGCCGUCGACUGUCUCUCCCCUCCUUGCUUCUCCCCAUGCCCCUCUCGUUAUAAAGCUGCAUUUCCGCGCUGUGAGUCCCUCCACACAGAACAGCCCAGAGGCGGCAGAGAGACGCACCAACACAUCUCACACGAGAGAGAGCGCGCAUCUGUUCUGUCCGCGUGGCUACAUACAGCAGGUGACUGGCUGAGCAUUUACAGAUAAACAUAAGGUUACGUUGUGAAGAAAUGUGGCUGCAAAAAAAGAGGGAGGAUCUGAAGAUAGUUAUGUCAAUGCUGAAUGAGGACAAGGCCUCAAAGGGAUUAACAAAAGUGAGGCGCGGUAUGAACAUCUCCCCUCAACAACGCUCGAAGAAAGAUGGCUGUGACAACUCAAACCAUUUAUGGUGACAACUCGAACUGUUUUUCCUCCUGUCUCCUUUUUCUUUCUUCUGUUAAACAGGCUCAAACGUUAUGGUUCCAAAGAACAUCUGGAGUGCGGCCAUGCAACCAGGCCAACAGUUCCACUGAUGGCAAGAGCACUGUUGGGUGCUUUUGAUGUUGACAUGUUGCUGAAAAGCAACCUGCGAGAUAGACUUUGCUCCUCCUGAGCCAAACCAAUCAUAGUGUCUCCAUCAGACUGAGGGCUCAACCACUAAGAGUGAUUAGCAGACUCGGAGAGACGAUCACAGCAACUAACAUCUUGACGACCAAUCAGCCAACUGAGGAGGGUAUAGAAGGACUAUAACUGCCUGAUUACCCAGUCACCCUGUCCCCUCUACACCCCCUUUAGCUCCCUCUAGCCCCGCAUCAACUCCCAGGCUCUACCAGUAAGCUCCCUCUAAUAUCCCCCAAAACGCUUAUUCCACCAUGACCAAUAACAGCAGCUCCUCUGGCGUCUGGGAGAACUCUGAUUGGUCAGAGUCAGCCCAAUGUCCACCCUCGGUGAGUGGAGCCACCUUCCUCAUCGUGGCCUACAGCACGGUGAUCGCAGUAGGGUUGCUAGGCAAUGUGGGCCUGGUUUUCAUCAUCGGGCGGCAGAAGGAACUGCAUAAUGUCACCAACAUUCUAAUCGCCAACCUGUCCUGCUCCGACAUCUUGAUGUGUGUGGUGUGUUUACCUGUCACCGUCAUCUACACUCUGAUGGACCGCUGGGUACUGGGGGAGGCACUCUGCAAGGUCACUCCGUUUGUACAGUGUGUGUCAGUGACGGUGUCUAUUUUCUCCCUGGUGUUGAUUGCGUUGGAGCGCCAUCAGUUGAUCCUGCACCCUACUGGCUGGUCCCCAGCAGCAGGCCACUCCUACCUGGCCGUAGGUCUCACCUGGUUGGUCGCCUGCUUCAUUUCACUCCCGUUCCUGUCCUACAACAUUCUGACCGACAACCCCUUCCAGAACCUCACCUUGCCUGCCAACCCCUUCAGAGACCAUGUGAUCUGUUUGGAGAAAUGGCCGACUGAAAGACACCGUCUGGCCUACACCACCUCCCUGCUGCUGUUCCAGUACUGCCUCCCUCUGCUACUAGUGCUGCUCUGCUACCUCCGCAUAUUCCUACGCUUACGUCGACGCAGGGACGUGGUGGAGCGGAGCCGGAAGGCCCGAGGAGCCCAGAGGAUCAAUGCUAUGUUGGCGGCCAUCGUUGCCGCCUUCGCCCUCUGCUGGCUGCCGCUCAACGUGUUCAACACGAUAUUCGACUGGGACCACCAGGCGCUGCCCGCCUGCCAGCAUGAUGCUGUGUUCUCCGCCUGCCACCUCACCGCCAUGGCCUCCACAUGUGUCAACCCUGUGGUGUAUGGUUUCCUGAACAGUAACUUCCAGAGGGAGUUGAAGGCCCAGCUGCAGCGCUGCCACUGUGGAUUGGGGGCGCCAGAGAGCUACGAGAAUUUCCCACUCUCCACCGUUGGCAGCGAGGGGAUCACCAAGAUGUCGAUGCUGAACCGGGCAGGGUCAAUGAGCAUCGCUCCACCCCCACGGGCUGAGCCCAGUGUUAACAUAUGCAGCUAACAGCUAGCUGACAGAGCUAGUGGCUAAUGCUAAUGGCUAAGAGCUAAUGGACAUUGUGUAGUGUGUACAGCUGUCAGACAUGAUGUAAACAACAAGGGUAAAGUUCAUAUCAAGCAAGCAGCUAACAGACAGAACGCCCCAAUGGACAGAACUAAUAGAGAGCCGCUAACGCUAAUAGAGAGAGAGAGAAAGUGGAACUAAGCAGCUGGACUGACUGUCAAAGACAGAGCUGGACUGUCAAAGACAGAUUUCCACCGGUCUAAUGUCCAUUGCUUGUGUUUUGGCCAAAGCAAGUUUCUUCUUCUUAUUGGUGUCCUUUAGUAGUGGUUUCCUUGCAGCAAUUUAACCAUAAAGGCCAGAUUCACACAGUCCCCUCUGGACAGUUGAUGUUGAGAUGUGUCUGUUACUUGAACUCUUUGAAGCAUUUAUUCCAGCUGCAAUCUGAGGUGCAGUUAUUUGCCGAUUUCUGAGACUGGUAACUCUAACGAACGUAUCCUCUGCAGCAGGGGUAACUCUGGAUCUUCCUUUCCUGUGGCGGUCCUCAAGAGAGCAAGUUUCAUCAUAGCGCUUGAUGGUACCAAGUUCCAAGCUCCUGAGUGGCACAGUGGUCUAGGGCACUGCAUCUCAGUGCUAGAGGCGUCAUUACAGACCCUGGUUCGAGUCCAGGCUAUAUCACAACCGGCCGUGAUAGGGCGGUGUACAAUUGGCCCAGCAUCAUCCGUGUUAGGAUUUGGCCUGGGUAGGCCGUCAUUGUAAAUAAGAAUUUGUUCUUGACUGACUUUGUUUUUGCGACUGCACUUGAAGAAACUUCCAAAGUUCUUGACAUUUUCCGGAUUGACUGACCUUCAUGUCUUAAAGUAAUGAUGGACUGUCAUUUCUCUUUGCUUAUUUGAGCUGUUCUUGCCAUAAUAUGGACUUGGUAUUUUACCAAAUAGGGCGGUCUUCUGUAUACCACCCCUACCAUGUCACAACAACUGAUUGGCUCAAACACAUUAAGAAGGAAAGACAUUUCACAAAUGAACUUUUAACAAGGCAACCUGGUAAUUGAAAUGCAUUCCAGGUGACUACCUCAUGGAGCUGGUUGAGAGAAUACCAAGAGUGUGCAAAGCUGUCAUCAAGGCAAACGGUGGCUACUUUGAAGAAUCUCAAAUAUAAAACUUAUUUGGAUUAGUUUAACACUUUUUGGGGUUACUACAUGAUUCCAUAUGUGUUAUUUCAAAGUUUUGAUGUCUUCACUAUUAUUCUGCAAUGUAGAAAAUAGUAAAAAAUUAAGAAAAAGCCUUGAAUGGGUAGGUGUGUCAACAUUUUGACUGGUACUGUAUAUUGUGUGUGUAUAUAUAUAAAGUGGUGUGUAUAGGCAGUAUGGACAGUAUAUGAAUAGAAAAGGUAUGUACAGCAGUAGUUAUAUAGAAUGAGCCUUGACAGGAAUACAAUAUACAUAUGAAGUGUGUAAAACAUUAUGUAAACAUUGUUAAAGUGACCAGUGUUCAGUGACUAUAUACAUAGGGCAGCAGUCUCUAAAGUGCAGGGUAGACAACCUGGUGGCUCUCAAUUGAGUAUCUGUAGAAGUUUGUGAAGGUCUUAAAGGCCAAGACAAAUUCAUUCAGCCUCCUGAGGUUGAAGAGGCUCUGUUUCACCACACUGUCUGUGUGAAGGGACCAUUUCAGGUUGUCAGGGAUGUGCAUGCAAUUCAACUUGAAGCUUAUAUGACAGCUGUCUCUCUAACGUCAGAAUAACCCUGUUGGCACUGACAGCCCUGUCUCUCUGUGACAACAGUAGAAAAAUCUAUAAGCUAUUCACCAAUCAGAGAUCAGUCUGAAAUACGCUGAUACUUCUGUCAGAGAGAGAGAGAGAGAAGUGAGAAGAAAGAGAGAGAAGGGGAUAGAUUGAGACCGAGUGAGAGAAUCAGAGCGAGAGAGAGAGGGGGGGGGGAUAGAUUGAGGCCGAGCGAGAGAGAGGGAGAGAGAGAGAGCUUGAGAGACAGACAAAGAGCAAGAGACAGAGAAUGACACAGAAAGAGAGAGGGGGCGGGGGGGGUAGAUUGAGACCAAGUGAGAGAGACAGACAGAGAGAGAGAGAGGAAUAAGGACACCAUGCAGUGCAGGUGGGUGCUGGGUGUCCAGCAGUGAGCCAGGGGCUAGACGGUGACUGGCAGCUGUGUCUGGCUGGAGAGGGAGUCCCUGGUGCUGCUGACGCAUUGCAGACAGAUCACAGGCACACAGAGCAGGCUGACUGGACUGGUUGUCUGGUCUACUGGCUGAGGGAUGGCUGGUCUACUGCAUGUUGGCUGUCUGGCUGGCUGGUCUAAUGUUUACUGUAUCUGUCUGUGGCUGACUGGCUGGCUGCCUGGUUUGCUAUCUGGCUGGCUGAUCUACUGUAUAUCUGUCUGGCUGGCCUACUGUAAAGCUUCAUCAUGAAUCCACAUCAACUUUAUGAUUGUACAAAACUGUAGAAAUGAUGUAAAACAAAUAAUAUAUAUACACAUCUUAUCUGAUUUUAUAUUUUAAAAGUAUAUUUUCAUUGUGGUUCCUGAGGCAGAUUCUUCUUCUGUUCCGUUUUUUGUUGAAACUACAAAGACACUGACAUCCCACUUGAUUUUGUGCAUCUGUAAUUUCAGAUAUGGAGUGUUUUGUUUUAAAUUUAGCUAGUUUUAAUGUUCCCAACCCUAUUGUUUGUAAUGUCUUGUUAAUUGGUGUUGGACCCCAGGAAUAUAAGCUAGCAUUAUGGCGUUAGCUAAUGGGGAUCCUAAUAAAAAUUACAAAUCC